AUGAGAUUCGCAACCGCUAGAAGCUUUCGAUUGGAUAAAACAAAGGAACAACUUAUAGAAACUAUUACUUGGCGCGAUUUAGAAGGUAUCGAUUCAAUUCCUCUUCCUAUAUUAAAUCCUGGCACUCCGAUUCUUUAUCCUACAGAUAAAGAAGGAAGGGGAAUUUACAUUGAAAGAGCGGGAUAUCAUGAUUCCAAAAGGCUAGCAAAAUAUGUAAAACAAGAAGAGUUAACAAAUUGGCAUAUUAGAUGUCAAGAAUUCUCACAUCGUGUUAUUAUGCCAGAAUUGAGUAGAAGAGCGGGUAAAAUUAUUGAUAAGGAAACAGUAAUAUUUGACUGUGAGGGAAUGGGUUUUCAUCAGCUUCAUUUGCCAAGUUUAACUCUUUAUCGUGCAAUCGCAGAAUUAGAUCAAAAAUAUUAUCCAGGAAGAUUAGGAAAGUUGUUUGUUGUAAAUGCACCUUUUAUAUUUGUAAAAAUUUGGCGUUAG